AUGCAGGAGUAUGCCGAUCUGAGUCAUAUGGUGCCGACUUCUUCAUCUCAAGGUAACCUCACGCAAACUUACUUGCCACAUCACGGAGUUCUACGCGAGACCAGCUCAACCACCAAGCUUAGGGUGGUCUUUAAUAGGUCAUCCCUUACCAGUAUGGGAGUCUCGCUCAACGAUUGUCUGCACGCGGGUCCGAAACUUCAGCAAGACCUCGAUGCAGUUAUCUUACGAUGGAGGAUGCAUGCCUUCGCAUUUGCCGCGGACAUCGAAAAGAUGUAUCGGCAGAUUGUCAUACAUCCUGAAGAUCGACACCAUCAGCAGAUUCUUUGGAGCACAUCUGAUUUGCCGUGCAGCUACCAACUCACCACUGUGACGUACGGAUUGACUUCAGCUCCUUAUUUUACUCUUCGAGUUCUUCAGCAACUCACCGUUGAUAAAGAACACGCCUUUCCGCAGACCGCCAACAUCGUGUGCACGGCGAUCUACGUCGACGACGUUCUGUCUGGAGCCAAUACUCCGCAAGACGCACGAGUCAGAGCUCUUCAAAUAACCGAGCUCCUCAGGGCGGGUGGUUUCAGGCUUUAG